GCCCUUGGAUCCGGCAUCCUGUUCUCCUACCCGGAACUGGCGACGCUGGCGGGCAUUCAGGGCGUUGUAGUCUACGCGCUGUCGUCGGCGCUGCCGCUGCUGAUCUUUGCGGUGCUCGGCCCCAUCAUCCGACGCAGGUGUCCCGAGGGCUUCGUCCUCACCGAGUGGACCCGGCAGCGCUACGGCAUCUUCACGGCCUUGUACCUGAGCUUCAUGACUCUGGUCACGCUCUUCCUGUACAUGGUCUCGGAGCUAUCCGCCAUUGGCCAGGUCGUCAACAUCCUCACGGGCCUGGACGGGCUGCCUGUCUUGAUUGUCGAAUGCGUUGUCACGACUAUCUACACCUCUAUGGGAGGGUUCAAGAUCUCCUUCUUCACGGACAACAUCCAAGGCGCCAUGGUGUUCGCACUGAUCGUCAUCGCCGCCAUCACCAUCGGUGUCGAGACGAAGAUCGACACCAGCUUGAUCGAGCCGUCCGGCCUUACUAAGGCGAGCCUGCUUGGAUGGCAGCUGCUCUACAUUCUGCCCGUCGCCAUUCUCACCAAUGACUUCUUCCUCUCCAAUUUCUGGCUCCGCACGUUCGCCUCCAAAACCGACCGAGACCUCUGGCUCGGCGUCUCGGGCGCCGUCGUGGCCACGCUGAUCAUCGUGACGCUCGUCGGCUCGACCGGUCUCAUCGCCGCCUGGGCGGGCAUCUGGCCCGGUCCGCCGGACGCCCCCGUCGAGGGCUCGGUCGCCUUCUUCGCCUUGCUCGAGCAGCUGCCCAACUGGGUCGUCGGCAUCGUGCUCGUCAUGGCGGUCACCAUGAGCACCGCCGCCUUCGACUCGCUGCAGUCGGCCAUGGUUACGUCGGCGUCCAACGACCUGUUCCGCAACCGGCUCAACAUCUGGCUCAUCCGCGCCGGCGUGGUGCUGGUCAUGAUCCCCGUCGUCGUGAUCGCCAUCCGCGCGCCCUCCAUCCUGCAGAUCUACCUCAUCUCCGACCUGGUCUCGGCGGCCACCAUCCCCGUGCUGGUCAUCGGCCUCUCGGAUGCCUGCUACUGGUGGCGCGGCUUCGAGGUGGUCGUGGGCGGGCUCGGCGGCCUGCUGACCGUGUUCCUCUUCGGCACCGUCUACUACGGCGAUGCCCAGACCGGCGCCGAGCUGAUGCUGCUCGAGCAAGGCCUGUACUCGGCUGACUGGGGCGCCUUUGGCGCCUUCGUUGCCGCGCCCGUCGGCGGGCUGCUCUGGGGCUUCGGCGCCCUCGCCUUGCGCCUGAGCAUUCAGUACGUCAUGGCCAGGGUCCAGGGCCGCAGGUUUGAUGCCCUGGACCGCCCCGUCCCGCGUGGCGCGCCGCAGCUCGUCGACCCGGAGGUGGCUGGCGAUACUGGGAGCAGCUCUUCUGAUGCGCCCGGUCUUGCCAAGACUACCGGCAAGUUCUUUUAG